UAAGGGAGCAGUUCUUUCUAUGCGUGCCUGCUUACCUGGGAGCAAACUCCAUGGGACUCAAGCUGGACUUUCAUGUCCCAAGCCAGCCUCUCUCUCUCUCCAGGUCGAGUCGAUCGUGAUUUUACUCUCCGUGGCUCUCUUUGGAGAGCAUGGCCUUUUAACCAGAGCCAGCAGAGGAAGGCAGAGCAAGAACGGUCCAGCUUGAAACCACGGAAGGGGUUCCAGCCGACGGAUCUUUGCCACUGUGAAGGAAUUUAAAAGGAACUUGGAAAUAUACCACAGUUUGCAUCCCCUCCUGUACUGAGAGUGCUGUUUUGGAAUCCAAGGGCCAAAGCAAGAACCGCCAUUUUGGAAUUGCCUGGACGUUUCUCGUCUCAACCUUCCUCUGAAUGGGGCGUUUGCAAGCUGUGCUCUGGCUGUGAAGUGAUCUGAGACGACAGAAAUUGGAACGGAAAUUGUUACGGUUUCAUCCACUCUCCCGGCCGGCCAGCUGGUCGCCCUCUCUCUCCCCUUCCGCCCACGAGGCAUCGCAGUUGAGAUGAGGACCUCCGAAGAGCCCUCGGCCACGACAGUCUUACAGCGCCUGCUGCAGGAGCAGCUCCGGUAUGGGAACCCCACCGACAGCCGCAACCUCCUCGCUUUGCACCAGCAAGCCGCGGGCAACGGGCCGCCUUUUGCCAGCAGCGGAAGCCCCGGAGGGCCCAGCGACGGGCUGAGCGCUCAGGACCAUCCGGGCGGGACCCAUGUGGCCCGCCAGGAGCCCCAGGGCCAGGAGAUCCCGAUGGACAACGGCAUCAUGGAGAAGCAGCUCUCCCCGAGGCUCCCCAACAGCGAGGACCUCCCUACCUACGAGGAGGCCAAAGUCCAGUCCCAGUACUUCAGGGGCCAGCCCCACGCCAGCGUCGGGGCCGCCUUCUACGUGACGGGGGUCUCCAACCCGAAGAUGAGGACGGAAGGGCGCCCGACCGUCCAGCGCGUGAGCCCCGGCAAGGUCCACCAGGACGAAGGGCUGAAGGACCUCAAGCAAGGCCAUGUCCGCUCGCUGAGCGAGAGGCUGAUGCAGCUCUCCCUGGCCACCAGCGGGGUGAAGGCCCACGCGCCGGUCACCAGCGCCCCGCUCUCCCCCCUCGCCUCCUCCUCCCAGCAGACCGGCGACUUCUACAAGAACCCCGGGCCGCCCCCUCCUCAGCUGGCCAUGAAAGGGAUGGAGCACCGGGGACCCCCGCCCGAGUACCCUUACAAAAACCUCUCCGGCCCAUCCAUGGGCUGCAAGCCGCAGGACGCCGGGCAUUUCUACGGGGACCAUCGCUUGGGCCAGCCGGGACGCCCCGAGGGGCCCAUGGUGAGGUACCAGCAUCCGCCGGAGUACGGCUCCUUCAGGCAGAAUCCGGACCUCCCGCUGCAGCUCCAGCCGCGCCUUCCCCACCACCACAGCCCCACGUCCUCCCUCACCUCUCUGGGGUCCUUGACGCUGCUCCAGUCGCUGCCCCCAUCCAGGCUCUCCCCCUCCCAGCACCAGCCGCCGCUGACCCCCAGCCAAGGAGACCCUUUCUCCCUGCCACGGACCCAGCCGCUCUUCUUGUCCAACCCGAUCCACCAGGGAGAGCUUUACCGGCUCUGCCAGCCGGUGAUCGGGCAGCCUCAGCAGCAGCAGCCGCCGCCGGCCCAACAUCACCAGCCGGGGGAUUCCUACUCGGCUUUGCCCAGGCCUCAGCCGGCACCGUCUCCGUACCAGACUGUGCCGAUUGAUCCUUUCCUCAUCGUCCAGAGGGCCCAGCAGAUGGUGGAGAUCCUGUCGGACGAGAACCGGUCUUUACGGCAGGAGCUGGACGGGUGCUACGAGAAGGUGGCCAGGUUGCAAAAGUUGGAAACUGAAAUCCAGCAAGUUUCGGAGGCCUAUAAAAACCUGGAGAAGUCUUCCUCAAAGCGGGAAUCCCUGGAAAAGGCCAUGCGGAACAAGUUGGAAGGGGAGAUCCGUAGACUUCAUGACUUCAACCGUGAUCUCAGAGAGCGGAUGGAUACGGCGAAUAAGCAGCUGGCGGAGAAAGAGUUUGAAGGCUCCGAGGAUAACAGGAAAACCAUCUCCCAGCUGUUCGCCCAAAACAAAGAAACGCAGAGAGAGAAGGAGAAGCUGGAGGUGGAACUGGCCGGCGUUCGUUCCGCUAAUGAGGAGCAGCGUCGGCACAUUGACAUCCGUGACCAGGCUUUGAACAACGCGCAGGCCAAAGUGGUCAAACUGGAGGAAGAGCUGAAGAAGAAACAGGUCUACGUCGAGAAGGUGGAGAAGAUGCAGCAGGCGUUGGUGCAGCUGCAGGCAGCCUGCGAGAAGCGGGAACAACUGGAGCAUCGUCUCCGGACCCGGCUGGAAAGAGAGCUGGAAUCUCUGCGGAUGCAACAGCGCCAGGGGACGUCUCAGCAGGCCAGCGUCUCCGAGCUGAACGCCGCGGCGCUGAUGGAAGCCCUGCGGGAAAAGGAAGAGAGGAUUCUCGCUCUGGAGGCGGACAUGACCAAGUGGGAGCAGAAGUAUCUGGAGGAGAGCGUGAUGCGGCAGUUUGCGCUGGAUGCGGCCGCCACCGUGGCUGCUCAGAGGGACACCACGGUCAUCAGCCAUUCCCCCAACGCCAGCUACGACACUUCCCUAGAAGCUCGCAUCCAGAAGGAAGAGGAGGAGAUCUUGAUGGCCAACAGGAGAUGCCUUGAUAUGGAAGGACGAAUCAAGACCCUCCACGCUCAGAUCAUAGAGAAGGAUGCCAUGAUCAAAGUCCUCCAGCAGCGGUCCCGGAAAGAAGCCAGCAAGACGGACCAGCUGUCUUCCAUGAGACCAGCCAAGUCCCUCAUGUCCAUCUCCAACGCCGGCUCGGGCUUGCUGUCUCACUCCUCAACACUGAGCAGCACCCCCAUUCUGGAAGAGAAGAAGGAGGAUAAGACCUGGAAAGGCAGCUUAGGUGUUCUGCUGGGGACAGAAUGCCGCUCUGAUUCCAUCCCUUCCACCCCUUCGCCGGUUCUCCCCUCCACUCCGCUGCUCUCCGCACACUCCAAGACCGGCAGCCGGGACUGCAGUACUCAAACGGACCGGGGCAGCGAGCAUAACAAGGCCCAUGCGCCUGCCACUGCCUCCUCCUCCUCCUCCACCACCACCACCACCACCACCAGCAUCACCCCUCCCGUGCAAACAAGACUCCCAGCUAUGAAUCUGACCUACGGUUCUGACAAAGCAGAUGGCUCAGUUUUCCAUUCCAGCACUCUAGAAAGGAAACCCCCACCUCAAAAUCUGGGGCAGGACCUCAGCCACGGAGAGAUGGUGGAAUAUCUCAUCUGAAGAAGUGCAGCGAUGGAGUCCGGGAGCAGGAAACAAUUCCCCUUGCCCCAAGACUGUUUUUUUUAUAAAAAAAAAUAGCAAAUUUUAGUAAUCAGGUCAUAAAGGAAUCUACAACGUGGUCCUGUUUGUAUAUACUUUUUUUCUCAAAAGUCAUGGACACGUUAACUUAUAAUUUGUUCCAAAAUAAUUGAAGUAGUUUUGUUCUCUUUGUGAAGGUUAUCUUUCUUAACUUUGGGGAAAAAAUAUACUGGAUCUGGUAGCAUCUGGAUUGAAGUAAGCCAAGGUCUUUAAAUGCACUACAUUUUAAAAAUAUCAGUAUUUUUUUUUUAAAAAAAGCCCUUUGUAUUUAAGAAAGAUCCAUGCUUAAUGUCCGUAAUGCCUUUACACAGCCUGGUUCCUCACUAGCCAGACAAUAUCAUGGUGCUGUACAAUCUGAAUGUUAAGUGUCCGAAAUAGUGAUUAAUUCCUGAGUAUUCUAGUCCAGCCUCCAAGGGCAAAGGAGGAAGCUGGUCACAUUCCUUAGGAGAACGUCUGUUUCAGAACACAUUCCAGGACUNGGGGGGGGGGGGAAUGUGGAUUUCCACAGUGUGCCAACUCUUGGAUGUAUUCUCCCCCCUUUAUUGUUCACAUGGUUUUGCCUUUCUGUUAAAUAUCCCAAGAGGUAAGGGGGGAGGCUUGCCUUUUAUUUCAUAUAUAUCCAAGGGCCUUUUUUUUCACAGCAGGAUAACGAAUAAUGUCCUCUGUUCCGUGUCCCAGUGAAAACUAAAUUCUUCGUGAGCCUCUUUUGUAUAUCGUUGUUCAGUUUGAUUCCCUUUGUACCACAUUAUGCAGCUGGCUAGACUGGAGCAAUUUCUGUACUUAAAGAAAGUUUCAGCAUUUUU